GAAACGCCUUCUCAUGCAACAAUCAUCUAGCUGAACUUCCCUUUCCGAAGCUUUGAGCUGCCGAACUGCCGGGCCCUCGCGUGAGACUGUCAUGUAGAGCUUCGCCUUCUCUGCAAUGCCUCCUGCCAUUGUCUGAGAGAGCGACCCAGAUGGCUAUGGAUGGUGUCCUUAGGACAUGCUCCCACAAUCGCUCGUGGUACAAGUACAAGAACACGAGCUCUCGAUUCAGGACCCAUUGGCCAAUUUGAGCAUAUCUGCACUCGCACCCGUCUUCCCAGACAAUGGGGAAGAAUAAUUGCUUUUCCACCCAAAGAAGACACAGCCUUUUACCUCCCGCAUGCGUUCCGUGUCGACAUCGGCGGUAGGUACCAAUGGAGUAAGUAGAUUCCGUGGUGCAAUUCUAUUGGAAGCUGCUUCCAGGUGGCUUCAUCUUUAUCGCAGACCAGUUCUUUCUUCCCUUCUGUGGAAAUCAACCUCGAUAAGCAAUGCCAGACACCAAAAUCGAUUCUCCGAAAGAAGUGUUGAUAAUUGGAGCAGGUGUGGUAGGUCUGACUCUUGCCCAGGGCUGUCGUGAAGCAGGCAUACCUUUUCGCAUAUUUGAACAACAUGAGCUUUCGUCAGAAAGAAGCCAGGGAUGGAGCCUCACUCUGCACUGGAGCAUCGCUUCUCUUGAACGCACAAUAGGGCCACAGCUCUCAGCACUUUUACCACAGACCAACGUCGACUCGAGUAUUAAAGAGGGCGAGGGCGGAUUCUUGUUCCUCAAUGCUGCAACCUGCGAACCUAAAUACCAUGUAUACCCAACGAGACGAUUUCUGCGAGCGGGACGGCAGAAGCUGCGAACAGUCCUGACAUCAGGUCUUGACAUACAAUAUGGGAAGAAACUGGAGUCAUUCUCGACCAAGGGCACAGAGGUCACAGCCAGGUUUGCGGACGGAACCUCUGUCACUGGUGGUCUCUUGAUCGGUGCAGAUGGGAACAAUAGUGUUGUUCGUGCAGGAUUGAAGAUGGAGAAUACAAAGUUGACUCCACUGCCUGUGAAUCUGAUUGGAGCAGUCAGACAUUUCACACCGGAGCAAGCUGCUCCUGUGAGAGCGCUCAAUCCAUUACUGUUCUUUGCCCUUCAACCGUAUACCAAGACUUUUUUGUUUUACAGCAUUCAGGAAGUGUUGGCAGACCCAGAUGGUCGAAAUUCCUAUGAUGCACUCGUAGGGGUCACCUGGAUGGUCAAUGAUGCAGAGAAAGAUGCCAUCCCAAACACAUCCCCUGAAAGAGUUGUUGAAAUGAAGAAACGAGCACAAUGCUUCGCCGAGCCGCUACUCAGCAUGAUCAUGGAUAUUCCAGAUGAUAGCAUGUCGACAACUGGUUUGCGCCUCGCUGAUUUCCCUUGUGAACCUUGGGACAAUCAGAAUGGUGUCGUGACUCUGGCAGGAGACUCGGCGCAUGCUAUGACGAUGUUCAGGGGCGAAGGGGCUAACCAUGGCAUUCUCGACGCUGCACUACUUGUGGAUCAGCUCAAGAAGGUGUAUUCUGGCGAAAUUGGUCAGAUCGCAGGAUUGCAAGCUUACGAGGCUGAGAUGCAGGAAAGAACGCACGCAGCCGUGUUGAAGAGUCGACAGGCAGCAUUUGAUGGGCAUGACUGGGAUGCUAUCAUUGAUACCUCCCCGCUCAUCGGAGGUAGGUUCCCUCCCACGACGGCCUGAUCUUGUGCGAGUCAUUCAACGGCCGAGUGAUCGUGAACGUAUAGAGCGUGGCUUGGUGGUACAGUUUCAUAUGGCACUUACAUCUAUGUCGGACAAUAUCUUGCCCUUGAAAGAUGCACAAAUUUUUGUUAACUUUCCAAUCUCCAAGGGCGUGCUCAUUCGUUUCGCCUAACGGUUACUUGCAUGCAAGGCAUGCUCAGCAACACACUACCGUCGUUGCACCGCUCGAAUGUCUCACAUGUCAUUUCGUGAGCUUUUGAUGUUGGGAGCUCCUUGAGCAAUUCAGCGGUCUGAUGCAGGGCUCCGCGAGUUUCACCAACCCUGACU